AAGAUGGCGCUGAGAGAAGUUCCCCACGCAGAAAAGGACGACUAGUUUCCUCCCAGAACACACCACGGUACAUUUCGUUGUGGUGACCUUCCCUUCAGCUUUGCGCAGUAGAGCCUACGAAUAUUUAGCAAGACAAAUGGCAGGUGGUGCUUUCUCAGCCUGGUGGACCAAGGUGGCCCCCUACUACACCAAGGCCUACCAGGAGAUGUGGGUGGGAUUGGGCAUAAUGACAUACUUGUACUACAAGGUCUCCUACGGGGGAAAGAAAGCAGUCAAGGGAAAACCCGGACAUUAGUUUGGAUGCCCUGCUGAUUUGUGUCUCCUGCCCAUCUUGAGAAAUGCAACUGCAGCCCGCUGUACAUUGUUUGCCUUCUGCCCGUGUCUCAUGGAAAUGAAUAAAUUGUUUCAUUUAGAUCACCUAAAGGACACUUCUAUUGCUGUCAGUGCAGUUGUCUUGUCUUUGGCAAAUGGUGUGUUACACUGGCCAUUGAGCAAAGGUCCAACUGUUAAUUUAUAAAAUAGAAACCAUCUUAUUUUACUUUGUUGCAAAAAAUAUCCCAUUACGGGUUAUUUUUUUGGUCUUUACACAACCUUAAAUAAAGUGAUUGAUUAAAAUCUGAA